GGCGAGCGCCCAGCGCCGGCCGGCAGAGCAGAGCACCCAAUUCAAUCAUCUGGUGGUACUGGAGCAACUUGCUAGCCAUGGCGUCCUCCUCCUCCUCUGUCGCCAUCGCGGCGGCUCUGCUCCUCUGCAUCCUCGCCGCGCACGGCCACGGCUGCUGCGCCAAGCGCAGCGGCGGCGGCGGCAAGAAGGCCCACUCCCACCACGCGCCCCCGCACGCCCACGUCGCGCCGCCUCCUUCUUCCCCGCCGGCCACCGGCCCGCCGUCCUACGGCUACGGCUCCCCUCCUCCCCCAGCCGCCAUCCCGCCUCCUCCCGCGGCCAAUUCCAGCUCCAACAGCACCAAUGUCGACGCCGGCGGCUGGCUCGACGCCAGGGCGACGUGGUACGGCGCGCCCAAGGGCGCCGGGCCCGACGACAACGGCGGCGCCUGCGGGUUCAAGAACGUCAACCUGCCACCCUUCUCCGCCAUGACCUCGUGCGGCAACGAGCCGCUCUUCAAGGACGGCAAGGGAUGCGGCUCAUGCUACCAGAUACGGUGCGUGUCGGCGGGCCACCCGGCGUGCUCCGGCGUGCCGGAGACGGUGAUCAUCACGGACAUGAACUACUACCCGGUGUCCCGCUUCCACUUCGACCUCAGCGGCACCGCCUUCGGCGCCAUGGCCAAGGACGGCCGCAACGACGAGCUCCGCCACGCCGGCAUCAUCGACAUGCAGUUCAGGAGGGUGCCGUGCCAGUACCCGGGGCUCACGGUCACGUUCCACGUGCAGCACGGCUCCAACCCCUACUACCUGGCCAUCCUGGUGGAGUACGAGAACGGCGACGGCGACGUGGACCAGGUGGACAUCAUGCAGUCACGGCCGGACGUCGCCGGAGAAGGCGGGAUGGCGCCGACGGGGGAGUGGGUGCCCAUGACCGAGUCGUGGGGGUCCAUCUGGCGGAUGGACACGCGGCGCCCCAUGCAGGGCCCCUUCUCGCUGCGCAUCACCAACGAGUCCGGCAAGACGCUCGUCGCCGACCAGGUCAUCCCCGCCGACUGGGAGCCCAACGAGAUAUACAGCUCCAUCAUCCAGUUCGACUAAUCUUCUUUAGUCGAUCCAUCAAUUGAUCUAGCAUAUAUACAUCGGAAAAUAUAAUGUGUGUGUGAUGAUGCAUCAUAUGCGUGCGUGGCGUUGGUGUACGUACUAUAGCUGAUGAAUCAAUAGCCGCUCUGUGACCGAUCGAGUUGGUUCAUCUUAGUGCCUUACGUAGCAGGGUGAGACGUCGCCUGUGACGUCCGGUGAGUAGUGUCGUCCUCCAUCGUGUACCCCAGUCCAGUCCUGUGCUUAGCCUUAUACUACAUGCAUGUAUCACUUAAUGUUGGCAAUUACUCCAGUUGCCCUCCA